AUGUCUGUCUUGGAGAGCUUCUUCAGGAAUGACCUGCUCAUUUCCUUCCUGCGACAGUACCUUCGGGCAGAGGAUGUCUAUGCCUGCACACUGGUCUCCAAACAGUGGCACGACCAGUUCGAGCCCUACAUCUGGUCGACCGUCGAACUCACUCACCCGGCUAUGAUCAAGAAUCACUCCUUCCCACGGCCCCUCCGUGCCGCCUUCUCCACCCAAGGCGACAAAAUCAAGGCCCUCCUCACCGACGACAGCGCCAACCCUUCCAAGAUUGCGGAGCACUGUCAUAACCUCACUGACUUUUGUGCCGUCACUGACCGUUACUCGGUCGAAAACAAGGACCAGGAAUCGGACGCUAUACUCAAGAUCCUUGACCUCAACCCUAAGCUCACCCGACUGCGACUUGAGGGCUUGCAGUUCUCGGAGGGCGAUCUUGGUUCAGGACUUGCUGUUGCGUUGACAAGUCUGGAACACCUCGCCUAUUUCACCCUUAUUUGCGCCAAGGAGUGCACCAUCUCCAUCGCCAACCUUCAACUCAUUCUCGCCUCCUGCCCAAUUAACCUUCAGGAGUUGACUCUCUCUAUCCCGUCCCCACCUGCCAAGGAAGAAGCACCCAACACCAACAACAAUAACAACAAUAACGACAAUGCAGCGGCCAACAACGACGAUGCCGACGCAGAAGCCAAUCCCAAUGGUGUCGCAGCAGCAGCAGCCGAGGCAACCGCCGCAGCAGCCGUUGCAGCCGCAGCCGUCGUUGAACCACCCAACCCAUCACUCGAACGUCUCCUCAACCUCCAAAAGGAAAUCGAAAUCUCGACUCGCAACCCCAUGCCCUUCAUCAAGACGCUCUGGUUCCAAGGCGACUUUCGCGACGACGACAAGCCCCUCUUGAUCCCCUUUAUUGCUCGCUGCUCCAACCUCGAAACCCUCAUUGUGCCUAUGGUCCUAGAGGAGCCAUCAGACGUCCUAGCAACGACCAUCAGGAAAUACUGCCCAAAGCUCCGCAACCUCGAGAUUGGGCCUACCAACUUUUCGGACGAGUAUGUUGCAGGACUUAUCAGCUCCGCCGCGCGACUGGAACAAUUGACGUUGCACCAUAUCCCGCACCUCCAGGCCAGCUCCGCCAUCGCCAUAGCCCAACAUGCAGAUUCUCUACAGCGUUUAGUCCUUGAUUAUGACACACGCAUCCAGAGUGUUGAUAUCCAGACUAUUCUGACCUCCUGCAAGGCUCUGCAGGUGUUCCAGAUCCGAGUCGACAACAUUUCUCACAAGAGCCCUCGUCUGGAAAUCAAGGAUUUGGUCAGUGCACCCUGGACGGCGCUCAAGUUGCGAGAGUUGGAGCUGGUCAUUGGAUCUGAUUUUGGAGACCAAGACGACAUUGUUGCUACUGAGGAAGGAGAGGUCUCAGCGGACGAAUCUGACAGCAGUGCCAGCAGCAGCAACGACUUUUCGAAUGUUGCUACCACCAGUGGCGAUACGACCAUUACUGCCACCACUAGCGAGGAUGCGACUAUCGUUACAGCAACCACGAGUAGUGACACCACCAGCACAGCGUCGACCAGUGCCGACAGCAGCACCCUCAGCGCCUCCACAGCUACCAUCAGUACAACCAGUGCGGAGGAGAGUAAAGAGAAGCAAGAGUGCAAGGAUGAGGACACUAAGGAUCUGGAGCAGGCGAUCAAGAACUUGAAGAUCCAGGAGGAGGUGCUACCAGUAGCCAAGGUUGUUGUUCCACCAGUAAUAACCAAGGCUGUUGUCGACCGCGCUGCCAUGGUCGAGCAGGUCUACAAGCAACUGGGGUCUCUUACCCAGCUGUACUCUCUCACCCUCGGCUGGGUUCCGGUUACCUCCUCUGCCACCACCACCACCACCGCAGCAACAACAACAACUACCGAUACGGCAGAGCCAAUAACAACAACGACGACGACUUCAUCUACAUCCACAUCCGAAAACAGCACAGAGACAGCAGCGUUGGAUUUCACAUUGGCCUCGGGACUGGGUCACCUUAAGACGAUGACACGACUGGCAGAGCUGGACCUGAGUCUCAUGCUGCAGCACAAGGUCGGGCAGGAUGAGAUUCAGUGGAUGUACGAGACUUGGCCACGGUGGUAUCUGUUCUAUGGAUAUGUCCCCCGCGAGUCGACGUUUGAACCGUACCAGUUUGUGAGGGAUGCGGGGUCCCAAGAGGGGAUGGAGCAUAUCCGGUGGUUGAAGGAGAAGCGGCCUGAUAUGAAGUUGCGCUAG